AUGCUCAGCUCCUCCCACUCCCACUCCCACCCCCAUCCAAUCUGGGGUCAAGUCCUGCUCACUGUCCUCUCACACUCACUGUACAAGGGGGCACCUGGCACCUCACCUCUCACCCAGACUACUCAAAAGGUCAGUAUGGCAGCCAAAAUGUGGCCGCCGGCGCUGGCCUCCCCCGCCCUGCUCCCAGGCCUUCCUCACCUCCCCUCGGCCCUGCUGGUCUCUCGGCCCCACCCCUGGCCAUUCUCCAUAAAACUGCCAGAUCCCUCCAAGCUGUCACGUCCAAGUGGCCCCGAGGAACACGGGGAAAUCCAUCUGAAAACCCAGGCACGAAGGACGCGACACGGCAACAUUUCACACUUCGACAACCAGGAGCUUUCCCUUCCUUGGGCUGGGGGCGCCCCACGCGAGACGGUGGGAAGCUUCCGGCCUGGGAAAAACUCUUCUCUGGAGCCUCGGAAGAGCUUCUCAGCCCUCGGCUCUCCAGCCCGCCUUGGCUCGGGCGAGGCGGAGGCCCGCACACCGAACGCAAACCGGGCCGGCGGCGAACCCCGAGAGCCGAGGGACAAGCGGCGGCCAAGGGCGCUCACGGAGGCGGCCGCCCUCCCGGGCCGGGCCGGGCGCCAAGGCGCCUCCCCUACCCAGCCACGCCAACGAGCAGGAAGGCGGGCGCGGACGAUGCCGCCGGGCCGGCCCGGGCACACCGGCGCAGGCCGCUCCGCCUCCGUUACGGGACCCCGGAGCCCCAGCGCGGGGAGGCCCCCGCGGGAGGCCGCGCUGUCCCCCCCGAAGUGCUCCGAGACCGGGGCGCCCCCCCCGCCGCCCCCCGAGAAGUUUGACGGGGAAGAGCAAACAGACGGGGGGUGGGGUCGGGGCGCGGAGGAGGCGCGGGAGGACCCCGGGCCCCCAGGCCGCCCCCUCCGCCCCUCGCUCGUCCAGGCCCCGGGCCCCGCGCGGCGAAGGCCGGCUGACCAGACCGGCCGGGAAGAGGAGCCCGACGCCGCGGCCCGGGCCGGCCCCUCCCGCCCCGCCUCUCCUCUCCGCGCUCCCCCACCCACCUCGGGCUCGGGCUCGGGCUCGGGCUCGGGCUCGGGCUCGGGCUCCGGCUGCGGCUCCGGCUGCGGCUCCGGCGGCCUCGGCUCUCCCUCCUUAACGCUCCCUCUCUCGGGCUGCUGCGCCGCCGCGGCCGCCAACAACGCCGCCUCCCAUUGGCCGGCGCCCCGCACGCGCUCUCCGCUCACCUCCCGCCAGCAAGAAGCGCCGCCAUUGGACGCCGAGCGCCAGGGCGGACCCGCAGGAGAGCGGCGACCAAUCCGAGCCCGGACAAAGGUGACGAGGAGAAGGAAGAGGAGGCCGAGGCCGAGGCCGAAGAGCGGUCGCUCCCCCACCCUCACCCUCCGCCGUGGCCCCACGCGGUCGCGCCGUCUUGCGCCUGCGCGGCGCUCCCCUUCGUAUGCAAAUGACGAGAGGGUCCCGCCAGGGCUCGCGCCCCUGCGCCUUCCUCCCGCCUCUUUAAAGGGGCCGAGGCGGGAAGCCUGGAGCACACUCCUUCGGGGCGAGCUCCGGUGCCACCUGCCCCAUGAGACCUUUCUACAUGAAGUCUCAGUACCUGGUGCCUCCCUCCCUUCCCAAGGAGUCUGGCUCUCCCGUGUCUUUUCCAUCCUCUCUUGUCACCUUCCCUGA